UUUAAUAGUAAUAUAUAGAGUAGAGUAUAGUAGCUGGAGCUGGUUCCAAUUUCACAAGACACAAGUCACAAGAUAUAUAGACAUAGAAUUACAAUAGAAGAAGUCUUAUUCCUCCAUACAAUCUCACCUGUUUGCUAAUCCCACAUACAAAUUAAGGAUGACUGAACUCGCUAAUAAUGGCCGUGACUGCUCUUCCGUCACCGUCAACUUCACCAAGCUAUUCAUUAAUGGGCAGUUUCUUGAUUCAGUUUCAGAAAAUAAACAGGGAAGACAUUUGAGACAAUAGAUCCAAGAACGGGAGAGGUGAUAACAAGAAUUAGCGAAGGAACCAAAGAAGACAUAGAUAUUGCUGUUAAGGCUGCACGUCACGCAUUUGACUUUGGUCCAUGGCCUCGCAUGCCUCCCUCUGAGAGAGCAAAGAUUAUGAUGAAAUGGGCAGAACUAAUCGACGAAAACGUGGAAGAACUCGCGGCACUAGAUACCAUUGAUGCUGGAAAAUUGUAUCAUAUGUGCAAGGCUGUGGACAUUCCUACAGCAUCAAACACUCUACGCUACUAUGCUGGUGCUGCUGACAAAAUCCAUGGAGAGGUGCUAAAGAUGUCUGGGCAGUUCCAUGCAUACACAUUGAUGGAACCAAUUGGUGUUGUUGGACACAUCAUUCCAUGGAAUUUCCCAACCACCAUGUUCUUCCUUAAAGUUAGCCCUUCUUUGGCUGCAGGCUGCACCAUGGUCCUCAAGCCUGCAGAGCAGACACCACUCUCUGCUCUGUUUUAUGCUCAUCUAGCCAAACUGGCUGGAGUUCCGGAUGGAGUGCUUAAUGUAGUUCCCGGAUUCGGCCCAACUGCUGGUGCUGCAAUAAGCUCACACAUGGACAUUGAUAAAGUUAGCUUCACAGGUUCAACAGAAGUAGGGCGUGAAAUAAUGCAAGCUGCAGCAAAGAGCAACUUGAAACAAGUGUCACUUGAAUUAGGAGGAAAAUCACCUCUCAUUAUCUUUGAUGAUGCUGAUAUUGACAAAGCUGCUGACCUUGCUCUCUUGGGCAUCCUAUUUAACAAGGGAGAAGUCUGUGUUGCAAGUUCGCGUGUGUUUGUUCAGGAAGGUAUCUACAAUGAAUUUGAAAAGAAGCUAGUAGAUAAGGCAAAAGCAUGGGUUGUUGGGGAUCCUUUUGACCCUAAAUCUCAGCAAGGACCUCAGGUUGACAAGAACCAAUUCGAAAAAGUCCUUUCCUACAUUGAACAUGGAAAGAGACAAGGUGCUACCCUGUUGACUGGGGGUAAAACACUGGGCAACAAGGGCUAUUACAUUCAACCAACAAUUUUUUCUGAUGUGAAGGAGGAUAUGCUUAUAGCACAAGAUGAAAUAUUUGGCCCUGUCAUGGCACUCAAGAAGUUCAAGACGAUUGAGGAAGCAAUUAAGAGUGCAAACAACACAAGAUAUGGGUUAGCAGCGGGGAUAGUGACAAAGAACAUAGACACAGCAAACACAAUGUCACGGUCCAUUCGUGCAGGGACUAUUUGGAUCAAUUGCUACUUUGCGUUUGGGGAUGAUGUUCCUUUUGGAGGGUAUAAGAUGAGUGGAUUUGGAAAAGAUUCCGGAUUGGAUGCACUUCACAAAUACCUACAAGUUAAAUCUGUUGUCACACCUAUUUACGAUUCUCCUUGGCUUUGAAUAUGACAUAAACUAUAUAUAAAUUCUCCUCCUGCAUUUAUAUUAUGUUUAAUAAGGCAGGAGGAUCACAUUAGUAG